ACAAACGACGAUCUCAAGCCCACAACACUUGAUCAAAGGACUUUUUCCAGGUGGGAAUUGGCUAGUCUUUGGGUAGGACUAGUUGUGGGGGUGCCAACUUACUAUUUAGCUGGUAGUCUUGUUGACCUUGGCAUGGCUUGGUGGCAAGGAAUUGCAACAGUUGUAGCAGCCAACAUAAUACUAUUAGUCCCAUUGGUCCUCACUGGUCAUCCAGGGACAAAAUAUGGCAUCUCUUUCCCAGUUUUAGCCCGUUCCUCAUUUGGUAUUUAUGGUGCUCACAUUCCCACUCUUCUUAGAGCCUUGGUUGGUUGUGGUUGGUAUGGAAUUGAGACUUGGAUUGGUGGUGAAGCCAUUUUCAUUUUGCUACCAAAUUCAAUCAAACAGUCCUCUUUGUCUCAGGUCUUACCUUGGCUUGGCACAUCACCAUUGGAAUUUGGUUGUUUUAUUGUGUUUUGGCUUGCCCAAUUGGCCAUUGUUUGGAAAGGAAUGGAUGGAAUUAGGGAACUUGAGAAAUACUCAGCUCCAGUUCUCAUCGCACUCACUUCCUGCCUUCUCAUUUGGGCUUAUGUCAAAGCUGGUGGAUUCAGCCACAUGCUUUCCUUGUCCUCUAGGCUCACCUCCAAGCAAUUUUGGUCCCUCUUUUUCCCUUCCUUAACUGCUAAUAUAAGCUUUUGGGCUACUCUUGCUCUUAACAUACCAGAUUUCACCAGAUAUGCCAAGAGCCAGACUGACCAAAUCAUCGGUCAAGCCGGGCUACCAAUCUUCAUGGGGGCAUUCACAUUUGUUGGCCUAGCUGUAACCUGCUCGACAGAAGUGAUUUUCGGGCGUGUCAUUUCGAAUCCGAUUCAACUUCUCGGGCAAAUUGGAGGGUUCACAACGAUCAUCCUAGCCAUUUUUGGUGUUAGCCUUGCCACCCUCACAACCAACAUUGCAGCCAAUGUUGUGGCCCCUGCAAACGCUCUUGUGAAUCUCAGCCCUUCAAAGUUCACCUUCAGAAGAGGAGCUAUUCUCACAGCUUUGCUUGGAAUUGCAUUUCAGCCAUGGAGGCUUCUCAAGUCAAGUGAGAGCUUUGUGUACACAUGGCUAGUUGGAUACUCUGCUCUGUUGGGUCCAAUUGGAGGCAUAAUUCUAGCAGAUUACUAUCUUAUCCAU